ACCUCUGCCUCCAAAUGGCAGUGGAUUCUCUAUGGCACUACCAGUUCCGGAUUAUCAUGCUGGGGGACUCCACUGUGGGCAAAUCCUCUCUUCUGAAACGCUACGCCGAGGGAGUCUUCCUCGAGUCCAUCAACCAAACCGUGGGGGUGGAUUUUUACGUUCACUUUGUGGAGAUUGAACCCGACCUACGAAUCAAGCUACAGUUUUGGGAUACAGCUGGGCAAGAGCGGUUCAGGUCAGUGACACGUUCCUAUUACCGCAAUUCAGCCGGAGGAGUGCUGAUGUUUGACCUCACCAACCGAGCAUCUUUUGAGAGCAUCAGGAACUGGCACCAGGAAGUGAUCGACACGGUGAAGCCUCACCACGUGGCCUUUGUGCUGGUCGGGCACAAGAGUGACCUGAAGGCAGAAAGGAAGGUUGGGCAAAAGGAAGCAGAGAAAUUGGCUGCUUCGCUAGAGGCAAAGUACAUUGAAACGUCAGCGAAGAGCAACAGUAACGUGCAGGAGGCUUUCCAGAUGUUAACCUUAGGAAUCUACGAGUCCCUGAAAAGAGGGAAAAUGAGACCCAGCGAACAAUGGGAUGGGGUGAAAAGCAAACUGCCGCCCAUAGCAGAGCCUGCGGUCCAGGCAGAGGAAAGUAAAAAGAAAUGCUCAUGUUAGCCAAAGGCAAAUUUAUCUAGGAAACUGUAGAAGCCCUGUUGCGUAAGAACAGUUGUGUAGUCUCACUCUAAAUUCACCUUGAGAGCAAUGAAAGUUGUGGAAGCC